UUGGAAGAUGUUGCAAGCAAUCCUGAAAGGAAAGACAUCAAUCGGGCAAGUAAAGGAGAGCAUAGGUAAGCAAAAAUUGAGGCAGAUGAAGUCAAAAAAGGGAAAAGGGAAAAGGUGGGCAUGGAGGAAGUUGCUGGCACUUCUGGAAGGACGGAAAACAAUAGCACAGGUUAGGGAGACCAUCAAAAAGCAAAAGUUAAAGAAGUUGCAGUCGAAAGAUGGUGAGGAAGUUAAUGAAGAAAAAACAGUGGAAGAAGCAAAUCAUCUGGAAAAAUUGGAGGAAGAGGAAUGUAGGGGUGUUGCAGAUAGUCAGGCCUGUAAGAAGGUAAUGGAAAAGAUAAACGAUGGGAAAAAGACAACGUGGGCAUGGAAGAUGUUACAAGCAAUCCUGAAAGGAACAAAAUCAAUAGUGCAAGUAAAGGAGACUAUAGGUAAGCAAAAGUUGAGGCAGAUGAAGUCGGAAAAGAGAAAAGGGAAAAGGUGGGCGUGGAGGAUGUUGCUGGCACUUCUGGAAGGACGGAAAACAAUAGCACAGGUUAGGGAGGCCAUUAUAAAGCAAAAAUUAAAGAAGUUGCAGUCGGAGGAUGGCGAGGAAGUUAAUGAAGAAAAGACAGUGGAAGAAGCAGAUCAUCUGGAAAAAUUGGAAAAAGAGGAAUGCAAGGGUGUUUCAGAUAAUGAGGGCUGUAAAAAGAAGAUGGAAAAAAUAAACGAUGGGAAAAAGACAACCUGGGCAUGGAAAAUGUUGCAAGCAAUCCUGAACGGAAAGAAAACAAUAGUGCAAGUAAAAAAGACCAUAGGCAAGCAAAAGUUGAGACAGAUGAAGUCAGAAAAGGGAAGAAGGAAAAGGUGGGCAUGGAGGAUGUUGCUGGCACUUCUGGAAGGAACCAAAACAAUAUCACAGGUUAGGGAUAUCAUUAAAAAGCAAAAGUUAAAGAAGUUGCAGUCGCAGAAUGGUGAGGAAGUUAAUGAAGAAAAAACAGUGGAAGAAGCAGAUCAUUUGGAGAAAUUGGAAAAAGAAGUGUGCAAGGGUGUUUCAGAUACUAAAGCAUGUGAAAAGGAGAUGGGAAAAAUAAAUGAUGGGAAAAAGACAACGUGGGCAUGGAAGAUGUUGCAAGCAAUCCUGAAAGGAAGGAAAUCAAUAGCACAAGUUAAAGAGACCAUUGGUAAGCAAAAGUUGAGGAGGAUGAAGUCACAAAAGGGAAGAAAGAAAAGGUGGGCGUGGAAGAUGUUGCUGGCACUCCUGGAAGGAAGCAAAACAAUAGGACAGGUUAGGGAGAAGUUAGGACAGCAAAAAUUAAAAAAGUUGCAGUCGCAGAAUAGUGGGGAAGUUAAUGAAGAAAAGACAGUGGAAGAAGCAGAUCAUUUGGAGAAAUUGGAAGAAGAGGAAUGCAAGGGUGUUGCAGAUAGUGAGGGCUGUAAGAAGGAAAUGGAAAAGAUAAAUGAUGGGGAAAAGACAACCUGGGCUUGGAAGAUGUUGCAAGCAAUCCUGAAAGGAACAAAAUCAAUAGCACAAAUAAAGAAGACCAUAGGUAAGCAAAAGUUGAGGCAGAUGAAGUCAGAAAAGAGAAAAGGGAAAAGAUGGGCGCGGAGGAUGUUGCUGGCACUUCUGGAAGGACGGAAAACAGUAUCACAGGUUAGGGAGACCAUUAAAAAGCAAAAGUUGAAGAAGUUGCAGUCGAAGGAUGGUGAGGAAGUUAAUGAAGAAAGGACAGUGGAAGAAGCAGAUCAUUUGGAAAAAUUGGAAAAAGAGGAAUGCAAGGGUGUUGCAGAUAGUGAGGCCUGCAAGAUGAAGAUGGAAAAGAUAAACGAUGGGAAAAAGACAACCUGGGCAUGGAAAAUGUUGCAAGCAAUCCUGAAAGGAACGAAAACAAUAGUGCAAGUGAAAAAGACCAUAGGUAAACAAAAGUUGAGACAGAUGAAGUCAGAAAAGAGAGAAGGGAAGAAGUGGGACUGGAGGUUGUUGUUUGCACUCCUUGAAGGAACCAAAACAAUACCAGAGGUCAGAGAGGCCAUCAAAAAGCAAAAGGUUAUAGAAGAAAAGGUAGCAGAAGAAGCAGAACUUCUGGCGAAGUUGGAAGAAGAAGAGUGCAAAGGUGUUGCAGAUAGUGGGGCCUGUAAGAAGAAGAUGGAGAAAAUAAAUGGUGGGAAAAAGACAACAUGGGCAUGGAAGAUGUUGCAAACGAUCCUGAAAGGAACGAAAUCAAUAGCACAAGUAAAGGAGACAAUAGGUAAACAAAAGUUGAGGCAGAUGAAGUCAGAAAAGAGAAAAGGGACACAUUGGGCAUGGAGGAUGUUGCUGGCACUCCUGGAAGGACUGAAAACAGAAUCACAGGUUAGAGAGGCUAUUGAAAAGCAAAAGUUAAAGAAGUUGCAGUCGCAGAAUGGUGAGGAAGUUAAUGAAGAAAGGACAGUGGAAGAAGCAGAUCAUUUGGAGAAAUUGGAAGAAGAGGAAUGCAAGGGUGUUGCGGACAGUGAGGCUUGUAAGAAGAAGAUGGAGGAAAUAAAUGAUGGGAAAAAGACAACGUGGGCAUGGAAAAUGUUGCAAGCAAUCCUGAAAGGAACGAAAUCAAUAGCACAAGUAAAGAAGACCAUAGGUAAGCAAAAGUUGAGGCAGAUGAAGUCAGAAAAGGGAAAAGGGAAAAGAUGGGCGUGGAGGAUGUUGCUGGCACUCCUGGAAGGAAGCAAAACAAUAGCACAGGUUAGGGAGACCGUUAAAAAGCAAAAGUCAAAGAAGUUGCAGUCGAAGGAUGGUGAGGAAGUUAAUGAAGAAAAAACAGUGGAAGAAGCAGAUCAUUUGGAGAAAUUGGAAGAAGAGGAAUGCAAGGGUGUUGCGGACAGUGAGGCUUGUAAGAAGGAGAUGGAGGAAAUAAAUGAUGGGAAAAAGACAACGUGGGCAUGGAAGAUGUUGCAAGCAAUCCUGAAAGGAACAAAAUCAAUAGCACAAGUAAAGGAGACCAUAGGUAAGCAAAAGUUGAGGCAGAUGAAGUCAGAAAAGAGAAAAGGGAAAAGAUGGGCAUGGCGGAUGUUGCUGGCACUUCUGGAAGGACGGAAAACAAUAUCACAGGUUAGGGAGACUGUUAAAAAGCAAAAGUUAAAGAAGUUGCAGUCGGAGGAUGGUGAGGAAGUUAAUGAAGAAAAAACAGUGGAAGAAGCAGAUCAUUUGGAGAAAUUGGAAGAAGAGGAAUGCAAGGGUGUUGCAGACAGUGAGGCUUGUAAGAAGGAGAUGGAGGAAAUAAAUGAUGGGAAAAAGACAACGUGGGCAUGGAAGAUGUUGUUAGCAAUUCUGAAAGGAACGAAAACAAUAGUGCAAGUAAAGGAGACCAUAGGCAAGCAAAAGUUGAGGCAGAUGAAGUCAGAAAAGGGAAAAGGGAAAAGGUGGGCGUGGAGGAUGUUGCUGGCACUCCUGGAAGGAAGCAAAACAGUAUCACAGGUUCGGGAGAAGUUAGGAGAUGAAAGGUUUAAAAAGUUGCUGUCACAGAAUGGUGAGAAAGUCAGCGUAGAAAAGAAAGUGGAAGAAGCAGUUCAUUUGGAGAAAUUGGAAGAAGAGGAAUGCAAGGGUGUUGCGGAUAGUGAGGGCUGUAAGAAGGAAAUGGAAAAGAUAAAUGAUGGGGUAAAGACAACCUGGGCUUGGAAGAUGUUGCAAACAAUUCUGAAAGGAAAGAAAACAAUAACGCAAGUAAAAAAGACCAUAGGUAAGAAAAAGUUGAGGCAGAUGAAUUCAGAGAAGGGGAGAAGGAAACGGUGGUCGUGGAGGAUGUUACUGGCACUACUGGAUGGAACUAAAACAAUAUCUCAAGUCAAGAAUUUGAAGGUGUCGUCUGAGGCUGGGGCGGAAAUUGCAGAAGAAUGCAAGGGGUCAUCAAACGUUGACGCAUGUGUGAAGAAAAGUAAGAAAGCUAAAGAUAGCCGCAAGACAAGGCCCUCCUCGGGAUUGAACUUUCUCCAAAGAUUCGUGAACACACUCCGAGGAAACAGAAAGAAUUCUGGCCAAGGAAACAGAAAGAAUUUUGCUCAAGGAAAGAGAAAGAAUUCUGCUGAAGGAAACAGAAAGAAUUCUGUCCAAGGAAACAGAAAGAAUUCUGCUUCAGGAAACAGAAAGAAUUCUGCUUCAGGAAACAUAAAGAAUUCUGUCCAAGGAAACAGAAAGAAUUCUACACAAGGAAACAGAAAGAAUUCUGACCAAGGAAACAGAAAGAAUUCUACACAAGGAAACAGGAGGAAUUCUGCUGAAGGAAAGAGAAAGAAUUCUGCUGAAGGAAAGAGAAAGAAUUCUGCUUCAGGAAACAGAAAGAAUUCUGUCCAACGAAACAGAAAGAAUUCUGCUCAAAGAAACAGAAAGAAUUCUGCUUCAAGAAACAGAAAGAAUUCUGGUCAAGGAAACAGAAAGAAUUCUACACAAGGAAACAGAAAGAAUUCUGUCCAACGAAACAGAAAGAAUUCUGCUCAAAGAAACAGAAAGAAUUCUGCUUCAGGAAACAGAAAGAAUUCUGCUCAAGGAAACAGAAAGAAUUCUGCUGAAGGAAACAGAAAGAAUUCUGUCCAACGAAACAGAAAGAAUUCUGCUCAAGGAAACAGAAAGAAUUCUGCUUCAGGAAACAGAAAGAAUUCUACACAAGGAAACAGGAAGAAUUCUGCUGAAGGAAAGAGAAAGAAUUCUACUGAAGGAAACAGAAAGAAUUCUGCUGAAGGAAGGAGAAAAAAUUCUGCUGAAGGAAACAGAAAGAAUUCUGUCCAACGAAACAGAAAGAAUUCUGCUCAAGGAAACAGAAAGAAUUCUGCUUCAGGAAACAGAAAGAAUUCUGCUCAAGGAAACAGAAAGAAUUCUACUGAAGGAAACAGAAAGAAUUCUGUCCAAGGAAACAGAAAGAAUUCUGCUUCAGGAAACAGAAAGAAUUCUGCCCAAGGAAACAGUAAGAAUUUUGCUCAAGGAAACAGAAAGAAUUCUGCCCAAGGAAAGAGAAAGAAUUCUGCCCAAGGAAACAGUAAGAAUUUUGCUCAAGGAAACAGAAAGAAUUCUGCCCAAGGAAAGAGAAAGAAUUCUGCCCAAGGAAACAGAAAGAAUUCUGCUCGAGGAAACAGAAAGAAUUCUGCUCGAGGAAAGGGAAAAAACUAGACAGAGAACAUUCCAUGGGGCAUAAAAUGAACUUUACACUGAGUAGAAGAUAAAAAGGAUAAACGUGAAUGCUGCUAAAUUGUGUUUGGAAUGAAUAAAUAGAAAAGAAAUG